CGACUGCGGAAACGGAAUCCGGCAACACCACGUAGUACACGCGCACACACGCGCACACGCACGUGUGUACGGUCGCCCACACGUCGGCGCUCGUUCGCCCACACGUAGCAUCGCGUACGCGAACGCACGGGCUUCGCACGACGGCCAACGCGCGCACGCGUCCGUCGGACGGUUGCGAACUCGAUUGCCAUCCGACGACAUUCGUCCGUCGCAAAUCACCGCGUGCACACGCGCGACCGUUAAGCUUGUGCACUUUUUUUUUGUAUUUUUUUUUCUCGUUCACUCCGACCGGCGACUACACGUCCAACGCACGAGAGGUAUAACUGUUACGGCUUAGCAUAGUCGAGAAGUACGCUGUCAAUCGUAUUCCCUUCAGACACUUUAUACCCCGGCUCCGGGUUCGCCGUGCGAUUACGACGAUGACCACGAUGACCUAGUCGUAUCACACGUCCACUACUGCCGCAGCUGACGGCGCGCCCGAUCGGAGGAACGUCCGCGAUGAUGCACCACGCCAACCAGCAGUGGCAUUUCAAGCGACCAAACAACAACGCGUACGAGGACGACGAUGAUGACGACGAGGACGAUGCCGCUACCACGGCUGCGGCUGACGACGAGGACUUCGGUGCCGACCCGACCGCGUCCGGCCGACGGUACCUGACCGUACAGCCCAAACAGUGGUGCACCUCUUACGUGACCAACCGGCAGCAUUACGUGCAUUCUACUGAAUCGGCGACAACCCACAACGGCGGCAUUGGAAUAGAUAACGAUGUGUACUGCGGUAUCGGUGGCAGAACGACAACCGAUUACUUCCGUUCGAAAACCAUGCCCAGGAGAACAGGAGUCUCUAUGAUGGAAGACUUCAACUACGGUAACGGUAACUACAGCGACGGACACGGUGCGGGUUCUGUCGGCGUGCGAACCGGUGGCAAUGGCGACGGCGGCAGUCAUCACCAGUGGCCGACCUCGUCCGCGGACAUUGUCGAGUACGAUUCGUCGGUCGCGGAGGACACUCCGACCCUGCAACAGCAGCAUACACAAUUCCUACUACCUCAGCAACAGCAGCAAAGGCUGCGGGCCAACGAUUUCCCCCAAAAGUCCAGCGUCACGGUCUCGACCGGUUCCAGCGUUGGUUACGCCGGCAAGUCCGCGAUCGUAUCGACGGCCGCCGAAAACGCGGCCAACGGCGGCCGAAAGAAGUCGCAGUCCAAAUGGAAGACACGGGCCAUUUAUGUUUUUCUCGCUUGUCUGCUAGCCGUCGUCGUCGUCAACCUCACGCUGACACUGUGGUUCAUUCGAGUCACUCAGUUUACAUCGGAAGGAAUGGGUUCGAUGAAAAUCACGCACGGUGGACUUCGGCUGUCCGGCCGCACGCUGGUCACCGACCGGCUGGUGGCGACGGCCAUACGUUCUCGAGCUGGUCGUCCGUUGCUCAUCGAAUCCGCCGCGAACAUCACGCUGAACGCCCGCAACACGCAGGGUCGUCUGGUGAACAGUCUCAAGCUAACGAAAGACGGAUUGGAGUGCGCACAAGCGAGCGUGUUCCGAGUCACGGACACUCGUGGCGAGAUUCUGUUCUCGGCAGACCGGAGCAAGGUGAUCGUAGGUGCCCAAGAGCUCCGGGUUACUGGUUCUGGUGGUGCUGUAUUCCAAGGUAGUGUUCAAACACCAAUGGUUCGAGCCGAUUCCCGUCACGAUUUAAGGUUGGAGUCAGCUUCCCGGAGGCUGGAGCUCAGUGGUCCCCAGGGAGUAACUAUCGAGUCGAGAGCCGGUGACAUAAGCGUGUCGUGUCUGAUGGACGUCAAACUGCAAUCAAUAGCUGGAGCGAUACAGAUCGACGCGGCGAAGGUGUUCUUCAAGGGCCUUAAGACGGUCAAGACGUCCGCCAACACGGUCUCUUCCUCGGCGUCUAGCGGUGUCCCGGGGGACGACAAGCUGGGCGGUCAAUUGGACCCGCAGACAGCCAGAGGGCCGGGCAUCGGGAAGAAAAGGGGCGUCGAGGACAAGUUGCCCAGCGUGUACCAGCUGUGCGUGUGCGGCAACGGCAAAGUGUUUAUGUCACCGCCGGACGGGCAGUGCGCGGCCGACAACGAGAGCUUGGUGUGCCGGUGAGCACCCGAGUGACCGGAAGUGCAACCGCGCGCCACUGCAAAUAGUGUAAAUAGCCGCGUAUGUAUUAUUACGUUUUUGUGCGCGCCCGUACGUGAGUUUCGCGACGGUCCCACUGACGCAAUGUGCUUUCCAACCGAUCGCCGCGAUCACUGCAGCCAUGACGACGAUAUUGCUUUUUGAUCGCGUUUGCGACCAGAUCCGCGGACACGGCUUUUGUUGGUCGCUGUUUUAAUUUUUAUUUUUAAGCUGCCUUUAACGCGAUCGUUUCGGUGUAGAUCCUAAAGCGUAGUGGUACCAUGUACAGAACCUUAAGGUACCUAACCUUAUCAAUAUUUAACAAUAAGUUUCAGACUCGAGUACAAUCGCAACGGCGAUCCUUUCGUUGCAUAGUAAUAAUUGGCAAAUGUAUAUACAUAAUUCACAUUUAGUAGUCGUCCUGUGUAUUCACACAGAUACAUACGCACACAUAUAUAUGUUUAUGUAAAUAAAUUACUGUUACUACAAACACGCCACGAGAUUUGCCACGUCGUGGGAGUCGAUCGAGAUUUUCAGACGUCAGGUUCGGCGGACCCAGCAUUAUUAACUAUUGGAAUACGGUUAAAUGAUGGUGCAACAUAACGCAUCCGAAACUCCCCGAAAAUGGUGUGGCGUGAUAUCAAAUCGAGUCUAUGUGCCGGGAUCAAUGAUAGGAGGGGGAUUCAAAGGGAUCUCGUGAAGGUGUACGUUCAACGUUUUGCAACAAAAAAUUGAAAUCAUACGAGUCCGGAUUACACGUGAUGAGCACCACACAACAGAUGUUGCAAAUUGACCGAAUAGGUUUUCGAUUGAUCGCCGUAAAAAUCCCUGAAACAUCUCGAGCACGUAUAUAUAUAUAACAUAUUUAAGUUUGUAUUUGACGUGUACAUCGCGUGCACGUUAAGUUUUUAUUUCGCAUUAUACGUUAUUCUUUUUCUCGUGAUUCCCGAAUUUGUGUCGCGGAAUCAUAUUUUACAUUACGCAUUAUAACACUCCGACUUGCGAUCACAACUCUAAAUGUAUUUCGUUUAUUCCAUUACGAUUUCAAGUGGACACGCAACUACGACGUAUGACGGUCAAGUCUGGAUUAAAAGAGGGAGGGGCAGGAUACCAUAUCCUCAGGGCUCACGUAUGUAUAGGGCUGAUAGUUUUCUCUGCUUAAUAAUUAUAUUGAGUGAUAAUUUGUACUUUUUAUAGUAUCUACAAGAAUAUUUUAUUUAUUUAUUUUUUCAAACUAACGGGCGUUGGGGACUGUCACCCGCCUACCAUGUUUACCACUAUGGACAUGGUGAGUGAGGCCACAUGGCAAUGUUUGUGUGAUUUGUUUUAUGUCGUUGUGUUAUAUAUUUAUAUGAUUUUAAAGGACGGUUAUCAUUGAUGGGGACCCCUGAAGGUCUGAAUCCGGGCUUGAUGACGGUGCGCGCGCUCGUCCGUCGCACAAAACCGUACACGACCGGUUACUAUAUUUACGUACUUAGAUAAUAAUGUCGUAGCGAGACAGUACCGGGCCCCGACUUGCAAUGCUCGAUCAGUCCGUCGGCUUCGAUUGUCGGGUCUCGAUCACCUUGUGCACCUUUGUAACCACGCGAUCGAACGGUCGAAUGCACCAUGUUAUUAUCAUGCAACACAUGUAGCAAGUAUAAUACAUAUCAACUGGUGUUUACAUUAUUGUUGUUGUUAUUAUUAUUAUUAUUAUUAUUAUUAUUAUUAUUAUUAUUAUUAAUAUUAAUAUUUUAGGGUCGUCGAAAGUUUACGGUUGUCCGUCACAACAUAUUAUUAUUACAUUUCCGUUCGAUUGUAUUGCAAAACGUUCGCUGCGUCCGACUUUACAUUAUUUUACGUGUACGUAAAAAAAAUUAUAGUGCCAUUAUUAUUGUAAGAUGUAUUGAAAUAUAUGA